UAUGAUGAUAAUAUCAUUUUGUAUACAUAUUCAUGAUCCAUGCGUAACUCAUGUCAUGAUUGAUGUUCGCUGUUCACGACGUGUAGUUCGAGUUUUGAAUCGUAGGUUUUGAAAUGCAUAGGGAGAAAUGGUUUGGUCGUGGUCUUUCUGUGGAAGAGACAUGACCACAGUGGUUAUAUCGUAAAUUACACGGGCCCGAGUUUCUCUCUCUGAUUAUAAAAAGAAACUCCGUUUCCCUUUUGUCUUUCGGGCAACUCCACAUGGGUGUCUCUCUCUCUCUCUCUCGGAAUCUGAUUCUUAUGGAGCUUCAAUACGGUUUAAUCUUUUGUCGCGAAAAUUCAGCUUGCUUGAAUAUGAUCGAGAAUUAGUUCAUUCCCAUACCCGUAUCGGGUUUUUGGUUAAACUUUCAUGCAAAAUCUCGGUUGCUGAACACCCAUGAGAUGCAUUCUCAGACGCAAAUCUGGAUUUUGCAGAAACCGAACCGAAGCAAAGUGAAUCGUUUUCCUUCUCGGGAAAAUGGUGGCACGACCCAAGAACGCUAACUUUCUAGGGUUCUUGUAGUUUGUAUCUGAAUAUAAUUCAAGACAUGUUUCCCUUCCUUUGAAUUCCUCGGAAUUGCAGCACAUUCUGGAUCUGCAUCUGGUUUUGAUAUUUUUUCCUUGUCGGUAUCUUGCAAGUAGGGUUGGUUCAGUGAUUCUGUAACACUGUUGCUGCUUGAAUUUGGACAAGAUUAACCUAGUUCAGUGAUGGUUCUGCAAUCUCAGAUACCGGAUAUAUCAGAUAUGUCGACGUUCCAACCGUUAGAUAACCAGUUUAACUACAAUUCUUCUGCAAAGCUUAGGUACUUACCCGUUCAGAACCCUCGUAAACGGUAUUGCACGCUCGAGUCAUCGGCAUGUAACUUAGCCGGGACCGAUUCUCCACAGAACAACUCUCCAGAUGAUGAUGAUGACGAUGAUGAUGGUAAAAGCUCUUCAUUGAGCGGUUCUUGUGUGACUAAUGAUGUCAAUGACUUGAGGCACAAGCUAAAGGAGCUCGAGACUGCGAUGCUAGGGCCGGACCCUGACUUCAUUGAUUGCCUUGAUUCCACCGAUUCCACGCCUUGCCAAGAGAUCUACAGUUGGAGAUCGACGUAUCAGGCUAUCGCAAGACGGGAUCUAAGAACAGUCCUUGUGUUUUGCGCGAAAGCAGUGUCAGAUAAUGACCUUUUGAUGGCUCAGUGGCUGAUUGAUGAGCUGCGCCAGAUGGUUUCUGUUUCUGGUGAGCCUAUCCAACGGUUAGGAGCUUACUUGCUAGAAGGGCUGGUGGCUCGUUUAUCCUCAUCGGGUAGUUCCAUAUACAAGUCGCUUAACUGUUGCCCCGAACCAGCGAGCACCGAUCUUCUCUCAUAUAUGCACAUUCUCUAUGAAGUUUGCCCGUAUUUCAAGUUUGGGUAUAUGUCGGCAAAUGGAGCCAUUGCUGAAGCCAUGAAAGAGGAAAACCGAGUUCAUAUAGUUGAUUUCCAGAUCGGACAAGGCAGCCAGUGGGUCACUCUAAUUCAGGCUUUUGCAGCUAGGCCCGGUGGCCCUCCUCGGAUACGUAUAACGGGUAUUGAUGAUGUCAUGUCAGCAUACGCUCGGGGAGGUGGCCUGAGCAUCGUAGGGAACAAGUUUGCCAAACUGGCAGAUCAGUUCAAGGUCCCGUUCGAGUUCAAUGCGGUGCCUGUCUCAGGAUCCGAGGUUAAACCUGAAAACCUCGGUAUCCGACCAGGUGAAGCUCUUGCUGUCAAUUUCGCCUUCGUGCUUCACCACAUGCCUGACGAGAGCGUGAGCACUGAGAAUCACAGGGACAGGUUACUGAGAAUGGUGAAAAGCCUCUCCCCGAAGGUAGUGACCCUUGUAGAGCAAGAAUCGAACACGAAUACUGCGGCUUUCCUCCCGAGAUUCUUCGAGACGAUGAACUAUUACACUGCAAUGUUCGAGUCCAUAGACGUGUCGCUGCCACGGGGCCACAAGCAGAGGAUCAACGUCGAGCAGCACUGCCUGGCGAGGGACGUGGUGAACAUAGUGGCAUGCGAAGGAACAGAGCGUGUGGAGAGGCACGAGCUCCUGGGGAAAUGGAAGUCGCGCUUCGAAAUGGCGGGUUUCGCUCCUUACCCUUUGAGCUCAUUGGUGAAUUCCACCAUUGAGGGCCUUCUCAAGAACUACUCCGACAAGUAUCGGCUUGAGGAGAGGGAGGGAGCGUUGUUUCUAGGCUGGGGAAACCGCGACCUGGUCGCGUCCUGCGCCUGGAAAUGAGACAAAGCUCUUCGUUCGGACCAUACUUGGGCUGUUGUUGUAACCCUCUUUGGGUUUCUUCCCUUUUUCCCAGUUGUGAUAAAAAAAAAAAAGUGUUUCAUAUGUUCAUAUGUGUACGGAACUGAUCGAAAUAGAAGUUUUUGGAUUUA